CGAGAGAAAAAAAGAGAGAGAGAGAGAAAGGCAGAGACCAGAGCCCGACCUGAAGGCCACCCUCCUCACAGAUCAAACGAUUCCAAAGCAGAAAGUGACAGAUUGGUUUCUUUUUUUUAAAAGUUCGCUGAUAUUUUUCCUUCUUCUUCCUUUGAUUCUUCUGUGCUCCCAUCUCACUGUCCACUCUCCAGUUUCUGUCUUCCGAUUCCUGCCAGCCUCAAAUUCUAAGUAAUCUCUUCAGUAUGGAUUCCGAUUUUCUGGUAGCAUCUUGUACGUCAUGAUCUCUUCGCUCUGAAGUCUGAACAGCUGAUGGGUAGGCAGACAUUUAUAAUUUGAGAAAAGGAAUGCGUAUCUGAUCUUCACCCUGGGCUGCGUAAUUAUCAAAGACAAGACGUACAGGAAUACUAUCAAAGAAGGAGGAGAAAAAAGAAAGAUUUCUGUGUGGAUUUCGGAUCUGAAAAUUGCCUGCAUCGUAUUGAUCCGAGCUUGGAGUCCUGAACCACACGCUUCGCUUUCGAAUUUCGGAGAAUUCAGUUUAAGCUAAGCUGAAUUGUGUGAGAAUUCAGCUUCUGAGACACAAACAAUUCAAAAUUCCAUUGAAUCAACCGGCAAGAGAAGGUUUUGAAAUAGCUUUGGAUGCAUGGAGCUCCCUCAGGCGCGUUCCUUCGGAACCGAAGCAAGAAAACCGACCCAUGACUUUCUCUCACUGUACAGUCAUUCAACUGCCCAACAAGAUCCGAGGCCACCAUCUCAAGGAAGUUACCUGAAAACGCAUGACUUCUUGCAGCCACUAGAACGUUUUGAGAAGAAAGCAAACGCCAAGGAAGAAGCAUCGGAUGAGAUAUCAUCAGUGGUUCAAAAGUCACCACCUCCUGCACCGCCGCCGCCGCCGCCAUGUGUUGAGCACAUCCUUCCUGGAGGCAUUGGGACUUACAGUAUCAGCCACGUCUCGUAUUUUAGUGAUCCCAGGGUUCCAAAGCCGGAGGCUUCCUUUUUCAGUGUGUCUCCUUGUGAAGCAAGUACAGAUAGAAAUGAGGAGAACUCAAACUGCAGUUCAUAUACUGGAAGUGGUUUCGCUUUGUGGGAAGAGUCUGCCGUUAAGAAGGGAAAGACAGGGAAGGAGAAUAACGUGGGAGAUAAACCCGUUAUAUCAGAGUGCGCAGCCAAGACAGGGCAGUGGUCGCUGACUGAGAGAGCAUGUCAGUCAUUUGUUAAGAAUAGUCAGCAUAGCUUCAAUUCUGUCACUUCCACUCAGAAAACUGGGCAGAAAAACCAGAGUUUUAUUGAUAUGAUAAAGUCCGCCAAGGAUUGCUCUCAGGAUGAGGAGCCAGACAAUGAAGAAGCAUUCAUUUUUAAGAAAGAAUCUUCAAAUACCCAGAGAGGCGAAUUGAGAGUGAAAGUGGAUGGAAAGAGUUCUGACCAAAGGCCAAACACACCACGAUCAAAACAUUCUGAAACAGAACAGCGAAGAAGGAGCAAAAUUAAUGACAGAUUCCAGAUGUUGAGAGAGAUUAUUCCACACAGUGACCAGAAAAGAGACAAGGCAUCUUUUCUGUUGGAGGUCAUUGAGUACAUUCAAUUUUUACAAGAAAAGGUUCAUAAGCACGAAGAUUCAUACCAAGUUUGGAAUCAAGAGAGAGAGAAAUUGACCCCAAGGAAGAACAAUCACAGGCCUUCAGAAAGCUAUGAUGAUCCAUCUCGUGUAAUAAAUAGUGGGUCAGGUCCUUCUUCAAUGGUACUGUUUCCUUCAAAGAGGGAGGAGGAAAAUUUUAGUAUCUCCCCAACAAUUACUGGGGGCACAAAGAACGUAGAUGCUGGCACUAGUUCUGCAACUACAGUGAGGGCAAUGAAUCAACAUCCUGGAAUAACCAAUAAGGCCAUGCCAAUUCCUAACCCUUCACAGCCAAAUUUCUUCAAUCCUAGCCACAGUGGCGGCCCAGGUAGAUUGGUGUCUCAGCCCACACACAGGCUAGCCUCAGAUGCUGAAAACAUCGUGUAUAAUCCCUUAGGACAAUCUCAGACUUACUCUUCUGCUACAGGGGUGACUGCUGCUAGUGAUAAGCUUAAAGAGAAAGAGCUCACUAUUGAAAGCGGUGCCAUUAGCAUAUCAAGUGUGUACUCAAAAGGGUUGUUGGAUUCACUAACACAAGCACUGAAGAAUUCAGGAGUGGAUUUGUCACAGGCUAACAUCUCCGUGCAAAUUGAGCUUGGCAAGCGAGCAAACAUCAGACCAAUUGGACCAACUUCUGGGGUUAAGGAUGAAGUUACUUCUAGCAACCAAGGGAUGAAGCGCUCUAAAGUUUGUAGCGUAGAGGAGACUGACCUAGCAGUAAAGAAGCUAAAGACAAGCAGAAGCUGAUUCAACUUUCAUAUUCAUUCGUUCCUUACUAUACAUUUUAUUCAAAUUUUGGCUACUUUUUUCUUUCUCUACAGUUAAUUUUUGAAUGGGUCAUUCAAGUCUGCUUCUGCUGGCAUCUUAUCAGCGAGAAGGGUGAGGUCGACUGUACAUGCAUUGUCUUAGUUCUGUUGGGUCCUUUAGAUUCCCCCAACAAAAUAAUAUGAAUAAUUUAGUUUCUAUAUUAUUUAAUUAUAGAGGCUUCCAUUCCGAUUGAGAAGCUGUUUUUUUUCCCUAUCAAGGCUUCCAUUCAUGUAAAGUAUUGUAUUAACUCUUGGUCCUUUCUGUGUUGUAUUUUUUCAACAUUGGUUGUGUGGUCUUAAAAGUACUUUUUUAAAAUCUGGAGCAUAGUGUGACCUGUUGUUCUCUUUCUGAA